GAAUCCAUCAGGGUUGAACCGUCAAAGUAUCCAAUUCGUGGGGCCGACGCUCCAUGCUUCUCGAGAUGCCUCGUGGGGUUGAAGCUCCUGAUAGCAUCACCUUCUUUUUCCCCUUAGGGGUGCACCCCUUUUCACGUCGAGGUGGACUCAACCCCCCGCCUGCAGUGAUGGGAAUGGGGUAGGAGCAUAGCGAGGAGGGCAACCGCAUCGGAGUUGGGGAAGAAGAACCAAGGGCCGCGAAACGGCUGUUCCAACGCAAACGCUAUUCUAUUCCUCGAAGACCAGCUGCCCUUCGUUUGACCGCUUCUGCGGACGGACCCAGGAACACCACGUGAAGCUAGGCCUUUGAUCGGCUCAAAGAAGGUUUCAUCUCGCAAGGAGAGAGAGAGAGAGGAGAGAGGAGAGAGAGAGAGAGAUCAGAGCGAGCGUUGUUCUCGAGGCGGAAAGGACGCCGUCUUCUAUUGCUUGCUCCGCUCUGUCCCUCCUCCUCCUCCACCUCCUCCUCCUCCUCCUCAUGGACUGUUCCAUUGGUGGUGGGUUGCUGUAUUUGGAACAGAGAAGUGGGGAACAGCUCCCUGUGUUUAGCUUUGGAGACUGCUGAGGUCUGACAAUGAGAUCUUUCAUGUGAAGCUGGGAUUUCUUUUUAUCAAGAUGACCUUAAGAUGUGACACAUGGAAAAGGUUUUCUCUUCCAAAAAUCGUUCGGACCAAAGAUAAGAGUGCCGCAAAUGCGAGCCCAUCCAACGCCUCUGAUGAGUUUCAUGGAACUCCAAGUUUCUCAACCUCCUCACCUGUCCUUAGAAAAAGCUUUUCAGAAACAGACAGCGUGUCAAGGUUUGGGAGCUUAAUUUUCAGCGACUACUCAUGUCGAUCACCAAGCGCAGUAAACACCGAGGCCUUCAGGAUAUUCGUCGCGACAUGGAAUGUUGGAGGAAAUACCCCUCAUAUGGGGCUUAAUCUCAAUGAUUUCCUUCCUGCCGAUGAUCACUCGGAUAUAUAUGUUUUAGGGUUUCAGGAGAUAGUCCCUCUGAAUGCAGGAAAUGUACUUGUUAUCGAGGAUAACGAGCCAGCAGCAAAAUGGCUCUCCCUAAUCGACGAAGCAUUGAACGGUUCAACGGAUUCUGAGACUGACACUGACUCACACACGCCAUCUCCCUACACUACCUCUAUAUCUUCUCAAGCUUCCGGCAUGAAGACUCCGAUCUCAAGAGAUUCAAAGAUGCACAGCGGUACAUUAUUCUUCCAGAAGCCAUUACUGAAAUCUAUAAGCAAAACUUACAGGACGGAGCAGGGCCGACGCCUGAGAGCAUGCAACUGCCCCUCCAAAGUGACGAGGAAAUAUUACAGGGAGUCAUGUUUCAGAUGCCAACAUGCUCAUAUCAGUGACGACGAUUCCACAGAUGAGGAGGAAGACGAUGAACCAAGCAGUUCUUCGGUGGCUGGUUUACCCACCACACUUACGAGUAAUCAGCAAAGGUACAGUCUCAUAGCCAGCAAACAGAUGGUGGGGAUCUUUGUUACUGUUUGGGUGAGGAGGGAACUUGUCCAACAUCUAGGUCACCUAAGACUCUCUUGUGUUGGACGGGGCAUAAUGGGUUAUCUUGGCAAUAAGGGAUGCAUAAGUGUGAGCAUGUCUCUGCACCAAACAAGCUUUUGCUUCGUCUGCAGCCACUUGGCUUCAGGGGAGAAAGAAGGAGAUGAGCUAAGGAGAAACUCUGAUGUCUCAGAAAUACUUAAACACACACAAUUUAAAAAGGUUUGCAGAAGAUCUGGCCGAAGAAUCCCUGAGAAAAUUCUCGAGCAUGAUCGUAUCAUAUGGUUGGGAGACCUGAAUUACCGUAUCGCUUUGAGCUAUACUGAAACCAAGAAACUUCUCGAGGAGAAUGACUGGGAUUCUCUUUUCGAGAAGGAUCAGCUCAAGAUCGAAAGAGAAGCUGGGCGAGUGUUCAAGGGAUGGAAAGAAGGGAAGAUAUAUUUUGCACCAACAUACAAAUACUCCAACAACUCAGAUACUUAUGCUGGAGAGAUUGUGACAUCGAAAAAGAAACGAAGAACCCCUGCAUGGUGUGAUCGCAUAUUAUGGCAUGGUGAUGGAAUUGUGCAACUGUCUUACAUCAGAGGGGAGUCUAAAUUUUCCGAUCACCGCCCGGUCUGUGCAGCUUUUAUUGUGGAGGUUGGAGUGAGCGAUGACAGAUUGAAGAAGCAGGGUUUAUCCACCCCCAACAUGAAAGUAGGUGCUGAAGAGAGAUUGUCUUCGAGAGCCAGCUAUUUCUGAGUAGACAAAUAUGUUCAAUAUAUCAAAUGGUUUCUGUUUCUUCCCACGAGAGGAUCAUCAUGCUCAUGAAUUGGAGUGGAGAUUGGCAUCUAAGAAUAUAGUUUUCUUUUUUCUUUUUUGUAAACGACUUGUCUAGUCAGCAAAUCUAUACCAUUCAACGAUCUUUAAGAGUACGUUCUCAAUUCAAGACCAAGUGGGGUUUCAUGAAAUGGCCCCCUCGCUUAAAGAUUUCAAGGUUUUGCAACCAGUUCGCGAUAUGUACCAGCCAUCAGGCUAACUAUAUUAGCUUCAAAAUAGAAUGGCUUGUUCUUUGAAA